CAACAGCCAUACGCCAUCCCAAAAUAAAAAAAAAUAAAAAAAUGGACACGAAGGCUUCUUGAUGCGCGAUGCGACGUGAGGUCCGAAAGCGGCAAGAAUCUCCCUUGGCUCUAUCUUCUGCCUCCCCGAUGUUGCAAUGCAGCUAGCCUUGCGGCCCUCCCGUGAGAUGCCUUGCAGCAGGGCCAUGACAAAAGCUCCAAACUUUGCCUCCGCAUCUCCUGCCCCCCCCCCCCCCCUCAGGGUGCUGACCUGCCCGGGUGGGGGGGAGGGAGCCAAUCGUCCAGCCUAUCAGAACAGUUGCGAAAGUUGUACCGACGAUGCCUUCCUCAUCUUUCUCUCGAGCACAGUCUAGACUGACAAUCCGGCGGACGUUCCCGAAAUCCCACGUUAUGGCCAAGGAGGGCUUGAGGUACACGGCUGAAUAUCGUGAUCCUUGUUUUCGGCAUAUUGUUCGAGUCAGCAUCUUGCAAGGUCGGGCUAUUGUGUGUCCUCUACUCAUCUCAGGGAUUAUAGAGCAGGGCAUGAGUCGGCCGAGUUGCCAGAUGAUCACUCGGAAGGUUCCAUGAUGAGUGGUAACAAUUAAAGUUCUCGGCCGAUGAGCAUCACCCUCGCCACCAGAGGAUCUCCCCCAGGAAUCGAACCCCAUCAACGACCAGAUCACUUCUCAAAAGACCAGAAUGGCUGAAGUAGCCGCGUCUGUGAAUCUGAGCGAGAAACGUC